AUGGAAUCCGAUGAAAUGAAAUUAGAGAAAGCUUCUAUCGAGGCCGAAAGACAGCCUGGCCAGAUGGAAAGUUUAGUUGGCCAAGUUCAGCUGAAAGGUCUUGAUCUCCAGGCCGAAGGGGGUCGGAAAAUGAGUUAUCUGCAGACCAUAUCGGCUAGCUGGGUAAUCUGUGAUAGCUGGGCGGGUCUGGCUGGGACCGUUGCUCUUGCUAUCUCCCAAGGAGGUCCGUGCAUCGUGGGAAUCAUUGUUUUCUAUAACCCAAACUUUACUCCACAGCCAUGGCACUCAUUUCUGAUCUACCAAGCUAUUAAUGGCUGUGUCUUACUUUACAACAUUACCCUUUUGAAACGAUCUCUCUGGAUCCAUGAUGUAUCCUUUUUCGUUACCCUUGCUAGCUUUUUGGUCAUUACAAUUACCUGCGUUGCAAAAUCUUCCCCACAUUACGAGCCAUCUGUUAAUGUCUGGGGAACAUUCCUUAAUGGCAGUGGCUGGAGCUCCGGCGGGGUUGCCUUUCUCACUGGUCUCGUCACACCUAACUACAUGUAUGCUGGCAUUGACGGAGCGCUUCAUCUCGCCGAAGAAUGCAUAGACGCUGCUAUCGUCGUUCCCCGGGCAUUAAUGAGUACUCUGAUAAUUGGGUUUGUCACCUCGUUUGCAUUCAUGAUCGCAAUGCUAUACUGCACCAGUGAUCUCGAUGCAGUGGUUGCCUCCAACACUGGUGUGCCAAUUUACGAAAUGUGGCGUCAAGCGACCCAUUCAAAUACAGCCGCAACAGUCUUCAUCGUUCUUCUCUGCUGUGCAGCAACAUUUGCCCUCAUAGGCGCGCAGCAAACUGCUUCUAGAUUGACAUGGUCUCUUGCUCGAGAUCGAGCGAUCAUGGGAAGCCAUUGGCUCAGCCAAAUUCACAGCCAGUGCCAAGUCCCAGUAUGGGGACUUAUCUUCAACUUCGCCGUCAUGUUCAUCAUUGGAUGUGUUUAUCUAGGUUCCUCAUCCGCCUUCAAUGCCUUUAUCGGAACGGAAAACGAUCAGAGACUUGGCUUCCUAGGGACCGAUCAUUUCGUUUACCCGGAUUCAAAUGUAGUCUCGCCGCCCUCGGACCGGUGGCCCCGGCCGGAUAGGACACCCCGCUCUUACGGUGGAGACGGCCUCACUGCAAGUUUCUUCCUUGACUGUUUCACCAGACUCAAGAUCACCAUCUACGAGCAAGAGCAAGAGCAAGAAGAUGGCUUUGGGCCUCAACCUGAAGCUCCGAGCGCGACUCCUUCCAAAAUUCGAUGGAAGAGCGACCAGCCCAAGCGCGUCAGACGCACAAGGCAGUUGAGUGAUAUUUCCGAAAAUGAGACGCAAACGCCUCAGCAGCUUAGAGAUGAUGAGGCUCUAAGCCAAGCGGCAACGGAGAUGACCGAUUCAGGUACUAGUACCUCUCUCGACUUGGUCUCACGCUCACCAGAAUCGAUCCCAUACUGGAUACCUUCAAUGGACCCUCAGGUCCGCAUGUCCAUGUCACAUUUUGCAGAACAUGUCGCGCCUGUCAUGGUGGUACUAGACCAUGUUGGAAAUGGCUACCGAGACAUCAUUUUACCUUUAGCUUGCAGUCAUGAUUUGCUUCGCCGCGCAGUGGGAGUUGUUGCUGCUCAGCAUUUCGCUCUUUCUCACCCAAGCUUCCAAGGUGCCGUAGACCAAGGCCGCGCAGAUAUUAUCUCUCAGCUCCGCCAGGAUGCAUUUCAGGCUUCACCCGAUCAUGUUUUCAAUCAAGGGACCUGGGCAACUAUUAUUGUGCUAUUGGUCGGAGAAACAAUUACGGGUAGCUCCGAAUAUGGCCACCUUCUACAAACUCUUCUGUGCCUUUUCCAGCAUAUUGGGCAUCUAAAUUCUUCUACAACCCGUUUUUUGACGCAGCAAACGCAUAUGUUUGAGUUCUUGGGCCAGCCUCUAUUAGGAGAAACCCAGGGAAUUAACGCACUUCGCCUACCACUUGAAAAUUAUCUAGAUUGGAUCUGCUAUGACCUUCCCUCGGAUUCAGAAGACAGCAACCUGCUUUUUAGAUUACGAAUGGCCUUCAUCAAGGCAUCGCAUAUCUACCUCGGUCGCACGUCCUCCGAUGAAGAUCAAUGGCAGCUCAUCGAAAACCUGAAAGAGCUUGUUAGUCAAAUUGAUCCUGAACGAGUUGGCGCUCACGCCCUAGUAUGGGUAUGCUUUAUUGGUGCUGCGGAUUCUACCGAUCCUGAACACCGGAAAUUCUUCAUAAAUCGGUUGAAGCAAGUUUUCACGAAAACGAGGUUCAACAACAUUCUUUCUGCUAUAAACGCGCUGCCGGGAAUUUGGCGCCAGAAAGGAUCGUGGACGCGAAAUCUGACCCUGACAGCACCAACAUUAAUCAUGUGA